AUGGACGAUGGUAGAGUUAACGAAAAGAAGAUACCGAGACGUCGGAAAUUCAUCUCGUUGGAGACAAAGUUGAACGUUAUCAAGAGGUUCGAGAGAGGCGAACGCCUGAUGCACAUUGUGCGAGAGGUGGGCUUGAACGAGGCCACGUGUAGAACGAUCAGGAACAACGCGGAUCGCAUAAAAGCGAGCUGCGUGAACGUGUCUCCGCUCGGUGCGACACAGAUCAGCCACUCCAGAUCCAUGAUAAUGAUAGCGAUGGAACACAGAUUGACUUCUUGGAUUAAGGAGAGAUCUCCGUCGGACGAAGGCGUAUCCAUGCAGAUGAUCCAGACCAAAGCUUUGGAGUUAUACGAGGAGUUGAGGCCUAGUUAUCCGGAGGACGAUGUUAAAACGUUUCUGGCGAGUCACGGCUGGUACACGCGCUUCAAGAAGCGUCUGGAUUUCAACAAUGAAGACGAAAGAACCAUGGACGUGACGGUUAACAAACCGGAGGUUAAAGAAGAAGUGAUCGAUUACGUUGAAGAGAACGAAGAGAUCGAGAGCUUCGAAGAGCUGUUCAGGAAAGUGGUCUCUUCCGGUGGAUACAGCUCCAAACAGAUCAUCAAUUUAGCAGAAACUGGACUGUUUUGGAACACGCUUCCAGCGAACACCCUCGUCAAUCUGCAAAGAGACAAAUGCAGCCUUCUCUUGGGAGGAAACGCCAACGGAGAUUUGAAACUCAAACCCUUGAUGAUCUACCAUUCUUCCAAUCCGCAACCUUUGACUGGUUAUUCAAAAGAUCAUCUUCCUGUGAUUUGGCGUUCCAGUCCCGACGGUCAUCUAUCACCCAACAUCUUUUUAGAGUACUUCAACAUCUAUCUGCAGCGCGAAAUGAAGGAUUACUGCGAGCAACAAGACAUCGACUUCAAAGCUCUGCUCAUCAUACAGAAUUCCCCGAAUUACCCCGAAAACAUUUUCGAUCUCUCCAAGAACAUCAAGGUCCUCUUCAUACCGCCCAACGUGCAACAUUUGAUCCAACCCAUGGGUCAAGGUAUCUGCACCACCUUCAAAUCUCGUUACCUCGUGAAGAUCUUCGAGAAGUUUUCCAACGAACUUCAUCUCACGAAUCUGCAAUACGUCUGGACGGAUUUCAACAUCAAGAACGCUGUUGAUUUGGUUGCGGACGCUUGGAACGACAUCAGCCCCGUGCAUCUCAAUUCCAUGUGGAAGAAUCUUUGGCCGGAAUGCGUUUACUCGUACGACAACAUGUUUGUUUCUUCGUUAUCCGAAGCGAUUUCUACCAUCAUCAAUGCUUCAAAAAAUCUCGGUUUUAGUGAUUUUUGCGAAGACAAUAUCAGUGAAUAUCUGCAUUACCACGACAAUGAGUUUAUCGGGGAAGAGCUUGAAUGCGCGAAGAGGAAAAUCGACGCUGCUGCUGCUGAUGAUGAGAAGACUGUACGUGUUUUAAGCUUAGAUAAAUUGACGACAGCUUUUGGUUUGAUGGAAGAGGCUUUGAAGAUCUUCGACGAGAACGACUCGGAUCGUCAACGAAGCACCAAAGUCUCCAAAACCGUAAACGAAUCCAUCUCUUGCUACAAGAAUCUUCUCAAAGAAAAGCUAAAUCAUUGUAAUUUUUAA